CCUCAACUUUAAUUUCCUUCAACUACCAAUAACUCUUUAAUAGGUUGCUAAAGUUGUGACUAAUGCUGAUACAUAGCUUCCAUAAUACCCAUCACCCAUCUAAUGAUAUUCAAUAAUAUGAUGCAAAUUGCAUAGCAUAGCUGCAUUGAAAAGGAAAGCCUAAGUUUAAAAAAAAUUUGCUCUCAUUUUUAAAGCCUAUUUCUGCUUUUUCAUUUGAUAGGUCUCUCAGCUAUUAGUUACAGCUCUUCUGAUCAUAUUAAAUUAAAGCCAUUGUUAUUAUGACUUGGAGCUUUGAGAACUGUGAUGAGAUAUUGUGUUCUUUCUUACAGUUAUAUAUAUACUUCCUUAGUUUUUCCAUAAACACAAGGAAGAAAGAAGUCAGGGUUUCUUGCUCAGCUUUUGUGUUUCCUCCAUUCCCUUUUUCCUAUUCAGUUUAAGCAUAAAUUCAGGAUCUUGUUCUUUCUUUCUUCAUACUACAAUCUGUGUUCUUCCAGAAACGCCAGUAAUUUUCUGUAAGGGUCCAUCUUGGUGGGGUAUUUGUCUUCAUAUCCUCUUCAUUGUUAGAAGGAUUAAGUCACCCCCCUGUUACAAUUUAGUUAUAGAUUGUCUCUUUUUUUUCUUAAAAGAGAAAAAUGCUCAUGUAAGGCACAAAAACCAUAAGAGAUGCUCUUGAAUGCAAGCCAAGCACCUUCUACUUGUUUUUGUCAAUUCUGCUUCAACAAUUUUCAACUUCUCCUGUGCCAAAUCCUGUUUUGAAUCAAUACAACAUCAUGAAGAACAUCAAGGGAAUUAGCAAUGCUAUUUUUAUCAUGUUCAUCCUCUCUCUGAGUGCAAGUUGUUAUGGACAAGAAGACUUUGAUGUUGAUGCAGCUGCUCCAAUGGAGAAAACAGAACAAGAGGCUCUGUACUCCACAAUUCAAGGCUUUGUUGGCAAUUCAUGGAAUGGCUCAGAUCUUUAUCCAGACCCUUGUGGUUGGACUCCUAUUCAGGGUGUCUCUUGUGAUCUGUUUGAUGGAUUUUGGUAUGUUACUGUCUUGAACAUUGGACCAAUCGUUGACAAUUCUCUGAGAUGUACACAAUAUGUGGAAUUUAGGCCACAGUUAUUCAAGCUCAAGCACCUCAAAGUUCUAUCCUUCUUCAAUUGUUUUCAAUCACAAACCAAGCUUCCAAUUUCCAUCCCCACUGGAAACUGGGAGAAACUAUCAGGCAGCUUAGAAUCACUGGAGUUCAGAUCAAACCCAGGUCUCAUUGGAAGAAUUCCAUCAAGUUUUGGGGUCCUCCAGAACCUCCAAUCACUGGUGUUGCUAGAGAAUGGGUUAACAGGUGAAAUACCACCAAACAUUGGCAAUCUUACCAAGUUGAAGAGACUUGUUCUUUCUGGAAACUAUCUUUCUGGGAGGAUUCCUGAUAUUUUUGGAGGGUUAAAAGAGUUAUUAAUCCUUGAUUUAAGUAGAAACUCAUUGUCUGGACCUUUGCCUUUGACAAUUGGAAGCUUAAGUUCAGUGUUGAAGCUUGAUGUAGGCCACAACGUUCUGGAAGGGAAUCUGCUAAAUGAGUUUGCUAAUCUUAAGAAUCUGACCCUUAUGGACCUUAGGAAUAACAGAUUCUCUGGGGGGUUGACAUUGUCUUUGCAAGAGAUGUGUUCCUUAGAAGAAAUGGUUUUAUCCAACAAUCAAAUUGGUGGUGACAUCAGGAUCCUAAAGUGGGAAAAUCUUAAGAGCUUGGCCAUUUUGGAUCUCUCUAACAUGGGGCUUGCAGGGGAAAUUCCUGAGUCCUUAUCAGAAUUAAAGAGGUUGAGAUUUUUGGGUCUUAGUGACAACAACCUCACAGGAAACCUGUCACCAAAGCUAGAAACUCUUCCUUGUCUUAAUGCACUCUACCUAAGUGGAAACAAUCUUUCAGGAGAGCUUAAAUUCUCUAAUGAGUUUUUUGGGAAAAUGGGAAGACGUUUUGGUGCCUGGAACAACCCCAACCUUUGUUAUCAACCAGAUGGAGUAAUGUCAACAAACCAUGUUCCAAAUGGGGUUAAGGCAUGCCAGCAUGGGGUGAAUUUGCUAGAGUCUAACACAAAAACUAAGCUUUUCAAUGGGAAUAUGGACCAAACUUCCCAAUUCAUAAGCUCUAUGGGAAUUUCUAGUUGUGCUACUAAUGGCUUCUGGUGGAUUUUUCUGGUAGAAAUAUUGAUGAUAGGUCUAUUCCUAAACACUUAAAUAGCUCUUUAACCAAGAAGAGUUCAACUUUGGCUUUAA